AUGUCAAGUACUGAAGUAGAAGUUGAUGAAUUACGAAGAAUCACUCCUGAAUAUGGUGAGGAUGCCAGAAAGAAUAGAGACAAGAAUGAAAAGAUGUUCCCCAAGACUUAUGGUGAUUCUUUCAAAGAUUGGUUAAGACAUAGUUGGAAAGUUUCUGAUCAGGAAAUUGAACACCAAUUCUUAUCAAUGUUAUCAUUUUAUCCCAAAUCUGAUGGUAAAAGAACUGCCAAAAUAAUAGACACUCCUGUGGGUGAUAAAAAUUUCAUCCAUGAAUUUUAUAUUGAAAACACUGAAACUGAAACAACUCAUGGUCAAGCAUUAGGAUUGAAAGAUCAAGUCAAAGAUAUAGUCAUUGUGCAUGGAUAUGGAGCUAGUUUAGGACUUUUCUUAUUCAACUUUGGCCACUUAUCAAGUAUUCCAGGGAUUAGGAUCCAUGCUAUCGAUUUAUUAGGUUUCGGAUUAAGUGCAAGACCUUCAUUUCCUAAAUUUAAAAACGACACUGUAGAACAAGUAGAAGCUGUGGAAAAUUGGUUUAUCGAUUCUCUUGAAGAAUGGAGGAUCAAAAGGAAGAUCAAUAAUUUCGUUUUAAUUGGCCACUCCUUUGGUGGUUAUUUGAGUAGUUGUUAUGCCAUGAAAUAUCAUAAAAUUCAAAAUCCUAUUUUGAAUAAAUUAGUGUUAGUAAGUCCUGUUGGAGUGGAAAGGAAUAGACAUAGUCUUCUCAAAAACUUACCCAAUCCGUACUUUGAUGAUUCAAGAGUUGCUAAACAAAAUGAAAACGAUGAAACUACAUCGAUAAAAGACCAACCCCAAAUCAAUCCAAAUUAUGAAAAUUUACUUCUUGAAGAAGACGAAGAUGCUCCAAAGAGUUUCCGUAUAAAUUUAGUCAGAUACUUAUGGAAUCAUAAUAUCAGUCCCUUAGGUUUAGUAAGGAAUUUGGGACCUUUCAGAUCAAGACUCAUAAGUGCGUGGACAUCAAGAAGAUUCCUGAAACAUUAUGUAGAUGAACCAGAUGCUUAUACCAAGAUUCAUGAUUAUUGUUACCGAAUUUUCAACGCUAAAGGAUCGGGAGAAUUUGCAAUUACGAGGAUAUUGGGAGUAGGGGCAUUGGCCAGAUUGCCCUUAAUGGAUAGAAUGCCUCAAUUCCUUGCAAAGAAUAAUCUUCCAAGUUUAUGGAUGUACGGUGAUAAAGAUUGGAUGAAUGUAGAAGCUGGUAGAGAGAUGGCUUUGGAAAUAAAUGAAUUAUCUAAAAAACAAGGAAUAAGUCGCAUGGCUGGAUUCAAAAUCUUAAAUAACGCUGGACACCAUCUUUAUAUGGAUAAUCCUGAAGAAUUUAAAGAUAGUGUAUUUAAAUUCUUGGAGUAUAAAGAAUAA